AUGUCUGCCACACAAGAGUUUUAUUCAUGGCUUACUCCUCCCAAGAUCCCAACGUCCCCCGCCCCAGAGGUGGGACAGCCUGCCCCUUCGACGGCUCGCCUCAAGCUGCCCCAAUCUGGUGACAAACUCACCAUUCUUACCUUUCUCAGACACUGUGGUUGUCCAUUCGCAGAAAAGACGUUCCUGCGCCUCCGAGAGACAGCAAAGGGACACUCCGACAUCCACUUCAUCGCCGUGUCGCACUCCAGCCGAGAGCACACCGACAAGUGGCUGCACGACAUCGGCGGUACCAACCCAGACAAUCUCGAGGUUGUGGUGGACGAUAAGCGGGAGAUCUACGCCGCGUGGGGCCUGGGCGUUGCCUCGUUCUGGCAUGUGUUGAAUCCGAUGGGGCUCUAUGACGUUUUCAGACUGGCUAGAGAUGAUGGUAUCUCGAACAGACCUACAGAGAGCGGGUUUCGGUUUCAGACCAGUGGGAGCUGGGCUGUUGACGGGCAGGGCAAAGUCGUGUGGGGAGGUGUUGCAGCGAGUGCCAACGAGAUCCCUAAUUUGGAUGAGGCUGUUCAGGCUCUGGAGAGAAAGUAG